CAAUCACUUCUCUACACUUCCAUAGACUGCUAGUCCGAAAUGGUAUCCUAUAUAGUGCACUACUUUUCACCAGAUCCCUAUGGGCCCUGGUCAACAGUAGGGCACUAGAUAGGGAAUAUGGUGCCCUAGUUGUGCGUUGACAGGCUGACAGUACCGUCUGUUAGAUAACGCCAUUGGUACUGUCAGACGGACUCGCACACUCAACAGCUACCUACCUACCUAUGCUUCUAUACACACGCACACGGGGCCUCAAGCGCUAUAUUUCCAUGGUUACAAUACCACCAUCACACACAGGUACAGCUACGGUAGGAGUUCAACAGAACACACUGAAUUAGCCUGGAAUCACAACUGAUUUGGCUACAUUUCACUGUUGUUUCAGAUGGUGAGCGCAGCACUCGAGUCUGGUUUAACCAGGCUAACUCUGAAAUAUUAGUAACGUGACUUAGCAGGAAACUCCGUCCUACAUCAGUGAUGGAGCAGUGGAACAAUCGAUGGGUUACCUGGCAACGUUACAACGAUGAUGUAAACUGAUUUAUGGUUUUUUCAAUAAACAUUUUUGAGACUAAAUAUAGUUUACACGUUGUCCUAUAAUCCUACGAUUGUAAGCCAACCCCGUCAGUUUCCUGCCUCUCGGACGCGCGCGCCAGGGUCGGCGUCAAAUUCCAUUUCAAUUCGUAAAAAGUUUUUUAAAAAUCACAAAAAAAAAUUUUCAUUGAAAAGAGAAAUUCAAACUUCCAGAAUUGACUGGAAUUUAAAUGGAAUUCACCCCAACCCUGGCAUCGGUAUUGUACGUAAACAUCCCGCCCAUCCUACCCACAGGAUAUGUAGUGACAUUAGUGCCACCAGGAAUGUCAUUUUAGCUCUAUUUCUGGUGGUAGUAAUAUUAGCCUGGGUGCCAGUCUGUUUGUGCUCUCUUCCCAACUCCAUAUGGAACUGUCAUGUACAACAUGGUUAUAUAGUAAUAUCACUACAUUAGAGACAGAUCUGAGACCAGGCUAUAGUAAUAUCACUACAUUAGAGACAGAUCUGAGACCAGGCUAUAGUAAUAUCACUACAUUAGAGGCAGAUCUGAGACCAGGCUAUAGUAAUAUCACUACAUUAGAGACAGAUCUGAGACCAGGCUAUAGUAAUAUCACUACAUUAGAGGCAGAUCUGAGACCAGGCUAUAGUAAUAUCACUACAUUAGAGACAGAUCUGAGACCAGGCUAUAGUAAUAUCACUACAUUAGAGACAGAUCUGGGACCAGGCUAUAGUAAUAUCACUACAUUAGAGACAGAUCUGAGACCAGGCUAUAGUAAUAUCACUACAUUAGAGACAGAUCUGAGACCAGGCUAUAGUAAUAUCACUACAUUAGAGACAGAUCUGAGACCAGGCUAUAGUAAUAUCACUACAUUAGAGACAGAUCUGAGACCAGGCUAUAGUAAUAUCACUACAUUAGAGACAGAUCUGGGACCAGGCUAUAGUAAUAUCACUACAUUAGAGACAGAUCUGGGACCAGGCUAUAGUAAUAUCACUACAUUAGAGACAGAUCUGAGACCAGGCUAUAGUAAUAUCACUACAUUAGAGACAGAUCUGGGACCAGGCUAUAGUAAUAUCACUACAUUAGAGACAGAUCUGGGACCAGGCUAUAGUAAUAUCACUACAUUAGAGACAGAUCUGAGACCAGGCUAUAGUAAUAUCACUACAUUAGAGACAGAUCUGAGACCAGGCUAUAGUAAUAUCACUACAUUAGAGACAGAUCUGAGACCAGGCUAUAGUAAUAUCACUACAUUAGAGACAGAUCUGAGACCAGGCUAUAGUAAUAUCACUACAUUAGAGACAGAUCUGAGACCAGGCUAUAGUAAUAUCACUACAUUAGAGACAGAUCUGGGACCAGGCUAUAGUAAUAUCACUACAUUAGAGACAGAUCUGAGACCAGGCUAUAGUAAUAUCACUACAUUAGAGACAGAUCUGAGACCAGGCUAUAGUAAUAUCACUACAUUAGAGACAGAUCUGAGACCAGGCUAUAGUAAUAUCACUACAUUAGAGACAGAUCUGGGACCAGGCUAUAGUAACCAGGCUAUAGUAAUAUCACUACAUUAGAGACAGAUCUGGGACCAGGCUAUAGUAAUAUCACUACAUUAGAGACAGAUCUGGGACCAGGCUAUAGUAAUAUCACUACAUUAGAGACAGAUCUGAGACCAGGCUAUAGUAAUAUCA